AUGACGAAUCAAUAUUUAAUUUUAUAUUUUAAAUUAUUAUUUGCAUUCCAAAUAUCAUUUUCAUUAGAUUUAAAACAAUACUUAUCACAAUCAUCAAAUACAAUUAAAAUAUUUUUUGUCAAAUAUCUAGACAAAAGAAAAAAUAAAACUUCAUCUCAGUUUGUUACUGUUAGUUGUUAUGAAUGCACGAAUUGUACUGAUCCAUUUACAAGUACAAACUCGAUCAGUGUCUUAUCAUCAUGUAAUUCAUGCUAUAAAUUGGCAAUUAAUAUUGCUUAUGCUCCUUAUAGUUAUGUAGUUCGUAAAUGUGUUCCAGCAUGUAUUGAAACAUCUCAAACAUUUGGUGGAGGAUCAGUUCUAAGUACUUGUUGUACUACAAAUCUUUGUAAUGCAAGCUCAAUGAUAACAUUUCCAUCGAUAUCUCGUAUUGUGCUUUUUAUACUUAUCAUUUUAAAUGUUAUAAAAAGUGUUUAUUAA